CAAUCAAGCACCCACCACCACCUCCACCCUUCCAUCCGCUACUACUCCUGCCACAACUGCCCUGCUGCAUUUCUAUUUUUUUAUCUCACAGCUCUCUGUCCUCUUCCUUUGAUCUUCCUCGCCUCCCUUAACACAACACUACCCCCCAACCCCCAUCGAUCCCAACGAACACCCUUCCAUCUCUACCUCUACCUUGACCCUAUUCUCGCGAAAAACUCGGUCACUUACAUACUCACUUCUUAUUCUACAUCAGAUACCGAGGAUACGACUCAUUAUGCAGAAUCAGCCAUACCCUCGAAACUUCCUGAAUCCUACUGCGAGCGCAUUCACUUCACGGGCACAGCCUCAGUUCUCCACUACAGCUCCUGGUGGUGGGCUACCUUCACAGCAGGCUCGGCAACACGAAGACGCAUGGACACCGUAUGACGGCUUAGGACCCGUCGGCCAAGCACAGCGACACCCCAGACUCGACAGUAACUGGCGGAAUAAUGGGCCCCAGAACGGACGAGGCGGGAGAGGCGGUGCAAAUGCUGGUGGCCAGCGAGCAAACCAACAACAAAGAGGAGGAUCGCCGGUUCACCAGCCGGCCACGAAGCGUUCGAAACAGAUGGCACAACCGCAGGGCGGCAGAAUUGCCAGGGGCCAAACCGGACGAGGCGGAAGAGGUGUCAUGGCCUCGGGUCCUAGGCCGGACGGCGAACUGAUCGAUGACGCUUAUCUGGCACGUAACUUCCAACAGCUGAAGAAGGAGGACUACCCGGGCGCACCGGCUGCACUAUUCUCGAAUCCGAAGAGUUUCCUCUGGGACGGUGUCAACACAAGUGCACGGUCCAACGCUGUCGUUCGCGGCGGUAUCUGCCGUUGCACGGUAACUGUCAGGUUGCCUGACGACACCCGGAUUGAGGCGGUAGGAGAAGCUCAAAACAAGAAAAUCGCCGAGAAGAUUGCUUGUCAGCAUAUAGUCCUGAAACUAAACCAGACCGGUCAAUUAAAGGAUUUGGUUUUCGGCGGAAUCCACACUGGUGCUUUCAACCAGGAGCUCCUGAACGACGAACAGGAUGCCAAGAUGGACAUCUACGAUUACUGUGCACGCUACGGCACUGUGCCUAUCUUCUCGACCCAAGACCGGACCCGCCCGGGAAAUAGGAAAGCUAUCGUAGAAGUUACCAUCGAAAUGCCGGAACAGGGAAUCAAAGCAUCGGCCAGAGCUACUGAACGGAGGGUCGCGGAUAUUCUUGCCAGCGUGGAAUUCAAACGUCAAGCCGAGGAUUGGCAUGCGAAGAACGGCGAUGGAGACAUCCUAGUCAAGGAUGUGUCCACUGUGCUCAAUAGUCGCAAUGCUAAAAAGUUUUUCGAAUUCUACAAGGUCCAUAACCCGAACGCCGUAUACACCUGUGAAGCAAAGCAGGUGCGCGGAAAGGCGAAGAGAAUUUCUGCCAACAUGACCGACGCACAAGUUAUGCUGAACGGCGAACCUAUUGGUGAGCCUGUCGAGAUGGCGGGCAAGAAGAAUGCGGAGAUUGCAGCCUGGGUGACCGCUGCCGUGGCAUUGAAGGAGCGGGAUCCCGAGCUAUUCCCACACUUCAUAGAGGCUCUGCGAAUGGGCAAUGGAGAAAUCUUGAAGCCGAUCCCGCCGACGUGGUUGAACGUCGAUCAGGACUCCAUAUUGGCCAUGACAGAUACGCUGCUCAGUGUGAGACGGAUUGGGCUACCGCCCACUGAAGAAGAGAUGGCACUCGAGGACGACAGGGCACAACAAGAUCGACGGAGAUACGCUAAACGCAAGCUGGAUUCGGCUUCGGCAGAAGUCAAGAGUAAAAGUAUGCUCGAGGCUUACGAGGAAUACCUGAAGGACGAGAAGUUGGCGGUUCUCCGACAGAAACGAUCUGAAUUGCCAAUGAUACAGUACACCGGACAAGUUUUGGAGCUGGUCAACAACAAUGAUGUCAGUAUCAUCAUCGGUGCCACCGGUAGUGGAAAGACGACACAGGUCCCACAGAUUCUUCUCGAAGACGCAAUCAAGGCCGGCUCUGGUGCUGAUUGCAACGUCAUCUGUACUCAGCCAAGACGUAUCGCAGCUACCUCUGUGGCCCAACGUGUGGCAGUUGAGCGGAACGAGCCUCUUCAAAAGUCGAUCGGUUACCAGGUGCGGUUCGACGCGAAGCUUCCCCAGACCGGCGGAAGUAUCACAUACUGUACUACUGGAAUUUUGCUCCAGCAGCUCCGCCACAACCCUGACGACGUCCUUGAUGGAAUCACUCACCUUGUUAUUGAUGAGGUUCACGAGCGAGACAUCAUGAUCGACUAUCUCUUGAUUAUCCUGAAGAGGGUUCUUAAGCAGAGGAGGUCAACUGGAAAGGCUGGUGUUAAGGUGGUCCUGAUGAGUGCCACUAUGGACACCGAGUUGUUUGCUGGUUACUUCGGCCACAAGAACACGGAUGGACAGUGGGUGGGAUGCCCGCAUCUGAGUGUCCCCGGUAGAACUUUCCCAGUCACAGAGUUCUAUCUCGAGGACAUCAGGACCAUGCUCAAGGCUUACCCGCAACAACAAUUGACGCUACUGCGAGAGGAUGAUACGAAAAAUUUCUUGACUUCAGAAGAGGGCUUCAAGCCUCUUCCGCCAGCAUUGUCUGUGCCUGCAUCCGCCGCCGUUUCGAGGGACGCGUCUCGAGUACCAUCGAGGGCCGUUUCUCCCGGAACAGGCGUUGAAGCUGAUGAUGGCGGUGAUGCAACCAUCAACUGGAAGCAAGAGGUCAACAUUCGUUCCGAUGGACAGGCUUCCGUAGCUACCGAAAAGGAGGAUGCACUGGUUCCCACGGGCCUCGUGGCGACCACAUUGGCCCACAUUAUGCACACAACUGAUGAUGGUGCUGUACUUGCAUUCUUGCCCGGUCUCGAUGAGAUCUUGAAGGUUGACGACGCACUCCGCAACGGUCGCCCGCUCGGCAUCAACUUCAACGAAACCGAGAAGUACAAGAUCUACAUGCUUCACUCGUCCAUUCCCAACCAGAACGAAGUAUUCGAGGACCUGCCCAAGGGCAUCCGUAAGAUCAUUCUGUCGACAAAUAUUGCCGAAACAUCCAUCACCAUUCCAGAUGUCAAGUUUGUCGUGGAUACCGGAAAGCUCAGAGAGAAGCAAUACGAACAGGCCCGCCGAAUUACGCAGCUGGUUUGUACUUGGGUUAGCAAGUCGAACUCGAAGCAGAGAGCCGGUCGUGCUGGUCGUGUCCAGAACGGAAACUACUACGCUCUGUUUUCCCGUGCUCGAUUCGAUUCGCUCCGUGCGACAGGACUACCAGAGAUGUUGCGAUCCGACCUUCAGGAGAUUUGUCUUGACAUUAAGCUGCAGGGCUUCAAGGAUCCCAUCGCGCAGUUCCUGUCGGAGGCCAUCGAGCCACCUGCUCCCCAUGCGAUCGAGGCAUCGUUGCGCCAGCUUCUCGCCCUUGGUGCUAUCGACCAGGACGAGAAAUUGACCCAGCUGGGACACGUUUUGGCCACCAUGCCCGUUGAGCCUGCUCUUGGCAAGAUGAUCCUUCUUGCGGUCAUUUUCAGAUGCUUGGAUCCCAUUCUCAUUCUCGGUGCUUCGGCUGGCGGGCGUGAUAUUUUUGUCAGCCCCCCGGACAAACGACGGGAGGCUAACCAAGCACGGCACCAGUUUAUUGGGAACACCCGUAGUGACCACAUGGGUGUUAUCAACGCGUUCAAGGCAUGGCGUGAUGUUCGUGACAGGGAUGGUCAGUACGCUGCCCACGGCUUCGCCGAGAGAAACUUCCUUCACCGAGGAGCUUUGAAGGUUCUUGACCAGACCGCCAAGCAAGUCGAAGAUGUUCUCGGAGAAAUCGGCAUUGUCCCUAGGUCUGGACGUGGCGAGAGGCAUGGCUCCCAGUUUGGACACCCGCGACUCAAUGGCAACUCGGAAUCCGUUCCCCUUAUCAAGGCUUUGACCUUGGCCGGAAUGUAUCCUAACCUAGCUGUUUGCACUGGAGGAAGAGGAUUCAGGACCGUUAGCGAGAACUUCACGAUGAUCCACCCCUCUUCGGUUCAUUAUUCCGCGAGGGAUGACAAGUCCACCCCACUGGGAGCGAUUGUGACAUAUUCCACGAAGGCGAAGAGCAACGACGGUUCUUCCAUCUUGCUUAGACAGAACACCGAGAGCACCGCCUUGGCAGCGCUGCUCUUUGGAGGAAAGCUGCGGAUGUAUGGAAACACGUUGGAGAUCGAUAGUUGGUUGCCUUUCCGGGCCAGGGACAACCAGGCGAAGAUAACACUGGAGUUCAAGAAAUGUCUCGAUAGGCUCCUAGCACAUGCUUUCCGCAGUCUGUCGAAGCGCAGUUCUACUGGCGGCCCUCCAGGCUACCUGGCGGAUGACCCUGCGAGGGAAACCUUUGCGUUAGGCAUCGUGGAAGUCCUGGAGAGUGACGCCGGUAUCAGAAGAGAGCGGUCGCGCGGCUUCGGAGGAGGUGACAACUGGCGUCCUAGCUCUCGCAACGACAGCCGAUUCCCACCACUUGGAAGCCGUCCCGAUGCUGGUGGGUUCUCCGGAAGUCGCCCACCAUCUCGCUCCGGUGAGAGGUUUCCUCCUCUGGGCAGCUCCCGUCACUCUGAGUCUGAGCGAUACGGUGGACCCCCAAGUCGCCCGGAUUCGCGUACCGGCGAUAGAUGGGCCACCAACAGCCGUCCGGACUCCCGUACCAGCGAGAGGUUCCCUCCUCUGGGCAGCUCCCGUCCCUCCGAGUCUGAGCGAUACGGCGGACCCCCAAGUCGCCCGGAAUACGGCGGACCCCCAAGUCGCCCGGAUUCGCGUACCGGCGACAGAUGGGCCACCAGCAGCCGUCCGGAGUCUCGAAACGGCGAUAAAUACGGAGGACCUCCUAGUCGCCCGUCCUCUCGUGAUAGAUUCAGCAGUGGUCGCCCGGACUCCCGUAACGCCAACACCAACAGCAGGUUCACUGCCACCGAUGUCCGUAGCUCCCUCCCCCCUGGGAAUGGAUUCGGAAACAAUAGCGGUGCUGGGGCUGGUGCCGGCGAUAGGUAUCGUCCUGACCCCAGAAUCCAGGGCAGAUGGAGGUGAUGAGAGAAAAGAACAAUCCAAAAAGUUUUUGCGUAUGUAGGUUCGAUCUGAACGGGAAGCAUAGAUUCGGUGAAGGUGUUGGGGUUUAAGGUUUAGAUCCUUUGUGGCUUUGGGCGUUUUUCCUUUUCGUCUCUCCUUGCUUCCUGCCUUUCGCUUUCCUGCUGUACUUUAUCUUUGCAUUUUCCCUUUCAUCCAG